AGGAAUGCUGUCUGUCCUUUCAGGGAACAUGACUGGUUUAAGCAGGAUUUACCAAAGUACUUGUUCCCGGAGGAUCCUGCUUACAGUACCAGUAUGAUUGAUGACGAGGCUCUGAGGGAGGUGUGUGAGAAGUUUGAGUGCAGCGAGGAGGAGGUGUUGAACUGUUUGUACAGUCGGAACCACCAGGACCCGCUGGCCGUUGCCUACCACCUCAUCAUCGAUAAUCGCCGUAUCAUGAAUGAGGCUAAGGAUUUCUACCUAGCAUCCAGCCCCCCCGACAGUGCCUCCUUCCUGGACGAUCAGCACUUUGUCACCAGGGUCCACCCUGAGCGGGUGCCCUUCUUGGUGGCAGAGGCUGCGCCCAGGCCCAGGCACACUCUGGACGAGCUGAACCCCCAGAAAUCCAAACACCCUGGGGUGCGCAGAGCAAAGUGGCACCUUGGCAUCCGCAGUCAGAGCAGGCCAAAUGACAUCAUGGCAGAAGUGUGUCGGGCCAUGAAGCAGCUGGGCUACGAGUGGAAGGUGCUGAAUCCCUACUACCUGCGGGUGCGCAGACUGAACCCUACCACAGGAACCUUUUCCAAGAUGAGUGUGCAGUUGUACCAGGUGGAUGGUCGCACCUACCUGGUGGAUUUCCGCAGCAUUGAAGCAGAUGAGGUGAUUGAGCCCAAGUCUGGCUCCACCACCCCUCGGCGUUCCGGAUCCAUCAGCAGCUACCAUCGGAGCAGCUCCAAAAACGACUCGGACACUGAUUCCGCGGGGAAGAUGGCUGAUGGAGCCUUGUCAUGUUCUGGGAGCUCGGGGGAGUCUGGCCUCCCCUCGGAACUGGGCCCAAGGCCUGGCAGCCACAUUAUCGAAUUCUUCGAGAUGUGUGCUAACCUGAUCAAGUUACUGGCUCGGUAACAAAUGACAGAUCCACCUUCCUCUGCCUCCGCAUUAUAGUCUGAUCGACUCUGACAACGCAAUGCACAAAGCAACAUGGAGAAACAGUUUAAUGCUUCAAAACAUCUUUCUGUAAACCUCUAGCUCACCUUCAGCAUCACGCUACUAUUGGCAGGUGUGAAUCAGCAGUCAGGCUGAGAUUCUGGACAGAGUUACUAAUCUGUUUCCUUUUCUGUCUCUCUGUCACUCACGAGCUCUGUCCUUAGUUAGCUGUACCUGUUUGUAUGCUGAUGUGAAUCCAUUGCUCUGCUGCAUCUCUUACAACAGUGGAUGGAUCAGGAGUCUCACUGGGCCCCAGUGUUAGCCCUCUCCCUCCCCACCCCCCCCCAAACCUUGGCGGCUCUCUUCCCUCUCCCUCUGGCCAUCCUGAGUCACUAGUAGAAUGGGUCGGCAGGCCUUCAAGUGAGAUGCUGGGGCAGAAGAGUGUGAGGGGAGGUCUCAUCUCUCUCAGGCAUACCCCAGUCUACACCUUGGCACGCUCCAGGGGGCAAUCUACACCAUUUGCUGGGCUUGCUCUGUCUGCUGUCUGCUAAUCUCAAACGUGAACAGUUCCUCCUCUGCAGAUUGUUGCACAGUAUCAAACUGCUGUAUUUAGGGAAUGUCAGCUUAAACUCUCUUAUCUUUGGUGACCCCCUUUGAAGGUGGUUCCCCUGUAGGGAUGUUGUGGAUUGUGCAGACCCAGCAGUUGGGUUGAUGGUCAGUGAAAAGGGCUUCCAGCUCACUGGAGCCUAACUGUGUUGUGGGGACAGCUGCUGCCAGAAAGGAAAGUGCUCUCUUACAGGGUGUGUUUCAGUCAUAACCUGGAUGUGGCCUCAAUUGCCCGCGCUCCGAGUUAGCCGGUUUCUCUUCUGAAUUGGUGUGGCAGCCCUCAUUGUCAGGACUUUCCUGUGGAUACAUUCCCUGAGAUUUAUCAUUCCUAUUGGAGAUGCUUGUCAUCCUUCAGGUUUUUGGGUUAUGUGUCUCUGUACAGCCCACUUAUUAGCACUGAAUGUUCUGUGAGAUUUGUGACUACUGAUGUUGGUUUCUGAUUAAAGCUGAAGGCUUGGGGGCUCCCAGACAGAUUCAGAUGGAUCACAGGCUCAGGGAUAUGAGCCAUCUCCUACUCAUUGAGACAUAGCAUUCCACAUUCCCAUUGAUUGUAAUUUUGCUUUCAUGUUUCUGACUUAAAGCAUAGUUUGUCCAAGAAAGGGAAAAUUCACAACAGUGAAGGGAGAUAGAAGUGACAGGGAGUAUACCUCUUCUUUGUCACUGCCCUGGGAGUGCUUGACAGGGGCAGUGUAGAGGAAGCUAUAGUUCCAGUAUAAAAGGGUAGAGAGAGGUUUACUCCUAUCGAACCCUGUGCUGGACAUUCCAUAAUUGAAAGGAUGGCAUCAGGCUCAGUUAUGAAGACCCCUGGAGUUAUUGAUCCUGCUGCUUCUCAGUGUUGAGUUUGUGGGAAGCAGUCUCUCAGGUGAAGACAGCCGAGGUACACACAGAUUUCAGGAAGGGAAUCGGAGGGAGUGGUAGAGGGGCUCGGGAUUAGUGUCAGGCUAAAUGGAUAAUUGCCAACCCCAUUAAUGGCAGCAGGAUCUUCCCCACCCCCCUCGCCCCUCCCCCCACCCCUCCCCCCCCCCCCCACCCCUCCCCUCCCCUCCAGCUGCUGGAUCUCUGAUUUGAUAAGAGUGCUGUGACAGCAGGGCCAUGGUUGGAAUGGAGGGAUGAAUUAGGAAAAAGCUGUGGUUCUGACUGUAGCAGCUUCUGUCAAUCCGGAAUGGAGUGUAAACUGUGUGAGAAAUUUGCAUACAUCUAAUUUUGUAGAUUUAUUUUUUAGGCUCUAUCUAUUAUGCACACUAUUAUGCACACUGGUAUCUAUUACUGAUUAUUAUAGUUCACCUUUUGCCACUUAGUGGCAUUCUUAAAGUAUUAAAAUUAACAAAAGCAAUUAAUUUUGUAAGAAAAUAAACUCAUAAUUGAUUUUACAGUCA